AUGUUCAGUGCCCUGACCCUUGGUCUAGCAGCCUCGUUGGCAAGUCCAGCCAUGGCCUUUUGGCGUAUGCCUUGCCCUGGCAACCUUAUCCACGAGCGUGCAGACCCCAUUGUCUCGCCAGGCCAAAUUUCUGGCCACGUCCACACCAUUAUGGGUGGCAACGGAUUCGGUUUCGACAUGACCUACCAGCAGGCGCGGAACUCGCAAUGCUCCUCUUGCCCCAUCACCAAGGACAUGUCCAACUACUGGGUGCCCACUUUGUACUACCAUGCCCAAAAUGGUAGCUUCAUCAGUGUUCCUCAGGUUGGCGGUGCCACUGUCUACUAUGAACAGCGUGGUGGACCGAACAACGACCAAUUGUUGGCCUUCCCUGAGGGCUUCCGCAUGCUUGCCGGCAAUCCUUUCCUGCACACUUACAACGACACUUUUGAGCAACAGGCGGUCAGCUAUGCGUGCUUGAACUAUAACGGUCCCGCAACCGCUGAGACUCACGCAUUUCCCAACAACAACUGCCCGGACGGUCUCCGUGCUCAGGUUUACUUCCCCUCGUGCUGGGAUGGUGUGAACCUUGACUCGCCUGAUCACAAGUCGCAUGUCGCGUACCCCGAGAGUGUUGCGUACAACGAUGGCCCUUGCCCGGCCUCGCACCCUAAGCACCUCAUCUCUCUGUUCUACGAAGUCAUCUGGGAUGUGAACCAAUUUGCCAACGACUGGUACGGCGAUGAGCAGCCUUUUGUCUGGUCUAGCGGUGAUGCCACUGGCUAUGGCUACCACGGUGACUUUGUUAAUGGAUGGGACGUUCCCACCCUCCAGAAUGCAGUGGACACUUGCCUUGCCGACUCAGGUGCUUUGACCGACUGCCCUGUUUUCGAGCUCUACGAUGACUCCUUCUGCCAGAGCUGCAAGAUCCCUCCCUCCGUUGACGAACAGGUUGAUGGUGUGCUCGAGUUCCUUCCUGGAUGCAACGCUUAUAACGAUGGCAAGACCGUGGGCUCAACACAGGGAUGCGUCAACAAUGCUAAGAUUGGUCAGCCCGAGACUUUCUACACUGACCUCACCCACUCCAUGGGCUGGGAGUACGCUGGAUGUGCUAGCGAUAACUACUUCACGCGCACCUUGAACGGCUACUCAUUCUCCGACGAUGCGAUGACCGUUGAGAAGUGUGUCCAGGGCUGUUCUGCCAAGGGCUACACCUAUGCCGGCACAGAGUAUGCUAGCCAAUGCUACUGCGACAACAGCGUUCUUUCAGGCCGAGCUCCUAUUCCCGGCGUCAUGGGACAAUGCACCAUGAAGUGCAAUGGUGACGAUGGCGAGUACUGCGGUGGAAGCGGUGCUCUCUCUCUCUACCAGAAAUGUGGCGGCUCCUGCCAGAAUGCACAAUAUGGUGUGGUCGGUAACUCAACCUCGACUACUUCUGCCACCUCCUCCGGCACCUCCUCCGUUCCAUUGUCCACUGGCACCACCGGAGCAACCUCCCGUCGCGCUGUCCACCGCCGUGCCCGUCACGGUAACCGCUGGGACAUGUAA